AUGGGUACAUUUCAACGACGAUCAAAGGAAACCGAUGAAAUUUUUACGUUGUUUUUCACCGUUGCGAGCCCGUUUUCGAAUUUCCAUCCCUGCCGCUUCACUGCGAUUCUCGGUAAUGAUAAACUACACAAAUUUUGCUGCGUGGAGCAAUAUUAUAUGUAUCACAAAGCGAUGGCUGCCGAUAAUGAAAGUGCUGCAGAGCAGAUAUUACGCGAGACUGUACCCCGAAAUAUAAAGAAAAUUGGGAGCGAGCUUGAGAGCCUUGACUAUCAAAGAUGGAAAGUUAUUUCGCCAGGAAUAAUGCGUCAGGCGUUGUUUCUGAAAUAUGAGAAUAACGAGGAGCUACGAAAACUUCUUUUUCUGACGCGCGGAUCAACAUUAGUGGAAGCUUCGCCAACUGAUUGCACAUGGGGAAUAGGUUUGUCAUUGGAUGACCCCGGUUCGUCAGAAAGAAGUCGUUGGCGAGGAAGAAAUCAACUCGGAAUGAUUAUGACGGCUGUAAGAGAAGAUCUUUGGUAUCGGGAUGUAUAUCAAAAAGAUAGAGAAAUCAUCGAGAAGACAAUACAAGAGCCCGGAUACUUUGAAGCUUACUUUGCAAAUAUUCAACGAUUGCCGUUUGAAAAGGCGAGGGAUAGAAAGAGAUUUAAGGAAGAGCUCAAUGUCUCAUUACAAGAAUCGCCCCAAUUGUCGAGUAAACGACCGCGUUUCUCACCAAAAUCUGAAAGACGAGAAAAACGUUCUCGACGAAGAAGUCCUUCGCGAGAAAGGAAUGAUCGUCGAAGAAGUCCGUCACGAGAAAGGAAUGAUCGUCGAAGAGGAAGAUAUGACGAGAAGGAAGAAAGAAGUAAAUAUGCACGUAGUUCUCGGGAUGAAAAGGAGGAGAAUGGAAAAUCACGCAAAAGGAAACGGUCUAGGGAACGAUCUCCUGGUCGGAGUUCCGACACCAAGGAUUCCAAUGAAACGCAAAGGGACACUUCUUUUAAAGGCGAUUCUUCUGGUUCAAGACAUGCUCGCAUUAAAUUCGAUCUUAAUGAAGAGCCACCACAACCAGCACCACUUGAAAAAUCAAUCACAGGGCAAAAGCGGCUACUCAGUUUACUUCAACAAGAAAAGAAAAAGAUGCAACUACAAGUUCCCAGUACACUUCAAGUGGCUGAUUUGGAGGUGAAAAUGGUGCCAGAAGCAGUACCGAUAACACUAGGAAUUCUUCCCGAUGCAACGCUUGAGAUUAUCAGACAUUUUAAUCUUCCUUCAACAAUCGAGAGAGCACCACCAGCUCCACCGCCCGAGCCAUUAGUUGAAAUCCAUGAUGAAGAGCAUGACGUAGAGGAGCCGUUUGAGUUUGUUCCCGAGGCAACUUUUCUUGAUAUCCCGUUGCCAGAAUCACCAUUGCCAAAAGUUCGAAGACCUCAAUCUCGUUCUCCUACGCCAGUUUCCGAAGAAAACUCAAGAAAGAAGAGAAAGCGUAAAGACGAUGAUGGCGGAGAAAGAAAGAAGAGCUUGAAACGGCAUAAGCACAAGAAACACCGAAAAUCGAGGCGACACCGGUCGACCUCAAAUUCUUCUACAGCCAGUCGGCACAUUUCGGCUGCUUCAAGUGGUUCAGCAAGUUCAACACCUUCGCAUUCUCGAAGUAAAGACAAAAAAAGAGAUCCGGUUCGAAACAUAAGUCACGGAAAUAACGCGAUUGCUAUAAUUAUUUCAUCCUCCAUUAUUAAAGCCAAAUCGAUCGGGGUUGGAAAGCUAGUAAUUCUUAAAGUUUAUACCUGUAAAGUA